GAGUCCAGUCUGCCGGAAACGCACAAGGAGAAGAAGGAGAGCGGGACGAAAGAAGCGGUUGCUAUGGCCGACAUGUUUCCAUGUCAACAAUAAAUGGACCAAGCUUCUCCUGAUAAACUAGCCAGAGAAGGAGAGGGGAAUGGCAGAGACAACAGAGAGCAAGAAAGAGGAGGCUGAUUACAAGAGGCUCCACAGCUUCCCACUCAUCAGGCACACAGACAUGCCAGAGGAGAUGAGAGUGGAAACGAUGGAACUGUGUGUCACAGCCUGUGAGAAGUUUGCCACCAACAAUGAGAAUGCGGCGAAGAUGAUCAAGGAGUCGAUGGAUAAAAAGUUUGGCAGCUCGUGGCACGUGGUGAUCGGGGAGGGCUUUGGCUUCGAGGUGACACACGAGGUGAAGAACCUGCUCUACAUGUUCUUUGGAGGCAGCCUGGCCGUGUGUGUGUGGAAGUGCGCUUAGCACACACACAGGCGCUCACACAAAACACACACAGGCUACACACACACACACCCCUCCCAUCCAGUCUGUCUCUGCCUAACGAGUGUGUGUAUAUAUUUAUAUACACAUCCUGGAUGAUUCACCCAUCUCUGAGCUAUGCAGUCUUUUUUUUUUGUCAUUUACUGAUUGUGUAUGUGUGGUGGUAAUGGAGGGUGUGUGUGUGUGUGUGUGUGUGUGUGUGUGUGUGUGUGUGUGUGUGUGUGUGUGUGUGUGUGUGUGUGUGUGUGUGUGUGUGUGUGUGUGUGUGUGUGUGUGUGUGUGUGUGUGUGUGUGUGUGUGUGUGUGUGUGUACACGUGUUUGCGAGCGUGUGUGAUGUCCCUUACGUCAUUGAUUGAUUAGGCUAAGUCACUCUUGAUAUAUUGUAUUCAAUAUCAGCAUGUCACACUCUUGACUUGUGUGUGCACAUACAGUAUGAAAAUGACCAAGUCUUAUCUGUAUACAGAUGUGAUAGUUUCUACAGAACAGUGAGUUCACUGCAUGAAGGAGUCUGGUGUCUCCUACUAUCCUACUGAUGGGAUUCAGUGGGGCUGAAACACUUGCACUCUCUCUUUCCCUAUUACAUUCUGCUCCACUUCUUUAACUCGAGGCAGCAUGCGUGUUCUCAUCAUCUCCUCAUGCUCACCUUUGGAGAAGAAAAAAAAAAUGCAUCCAGCUCCAUGUCUUUCCUCCACACCGCCUGUACGUUGGCACACUGUCGUCUCAGUGGGCUGCCAUGCCAUCUGCUGAAAAACAUCCUUACACAAGCACGCACCCUCUCUCAGUCGCUCUUAUUGCUCUCAAUUCACACACUCUGUUUCUCUAAUCCUCUCUCUAGAUUCUUGUUGCUCUCAAUUCACACUCUCUGUUCUCUAAUCCUCUCUCUAGAUUCUUGUUGCUCUCAAUUCACACAAUCUCUGUUCUCCAAUCCUCUCUCUAGAUUCUCGUUGCUCUCAAUUCACACAAUAUCUGUUCUCCAAUCCUCUCUAGAUAUAUUAUAUAUUUUAUCUCCGUCUUUAGUAGUAUAGCUUUAGUCUUCACCUUUCAGACAUGAGUCCCAUAAGCCACCCUUGUCUAUGUUUCUACUCCUCCUAUAACUGAUAAGAUAGCACAGGGACUUUUAUAUCCUCUCAAUGUACAGUAAAUACUUGAAUUUGAAUGUGAAGAUGGAAUCUGAUUUUGUAUAGGAUCGUCAUGGGCUUUUUAUGAAAGAACUUAUUGUUGAAAUCGUUAUUUUCUGUCACACCACUGUUAUAAGAAUGUCAUGGAUAGGUGUCGUUGUUCUGAAUUUGUAUAACAACUGAUGAUAUUACAUGAGCUAUUCUGCCUCUCUAGGCCUAGGCAUUGCAUUUCAAUGAAUAUAAACCUAGGCAUGCAGUCUCAUUGCCACAUAGAAACCUUUAUGUUGCCAACUGUGGAUGUCACCAGGUACCAUAACACUGAUGCGUUGUAUUGUUGUUUUCACUUCAACACUGUGUGUUUGCAUAAAUUCAUUGAACAUGAAAUUAUUCCUGAAAGUGAUUAAAAAAAUUGAGUUUUUUCAAA